CUUGAGUCUCGCCAGUUGAGAGACUUAUACUUGUACUUUGACUUGGACAUAAUUUGUCCAAGAAUUGGGCAUCUAUGAUUCCAAAAGUGGACUCCCAGCCUCGCUCAGCCCCUUUCUCAGUCCAUAUCCCAAGACCUCAGUUAGUAUUCAGCUUCUCGGUUGAACGUCCAAGGGGACCAGCAGGAUUCACAGUCUCACGGCCUGAGAAUAAUCCUGUUCAUACACCACUCGAAAAGCUUGAAAUUUAUAAUGGUUGGAGGGGUCCGGGUUGACCUCUACGUUCAAAAUAGAAGGAG